AUGCCUAUAGUUCCCACCGAGAGCAAUAUAGCCAUUACGCCGAAGAAUGUCAGUGUCUGUCGCUGCGCCGAGUACUCAUAUGCUGUCGCCGCACGGUACAUCCCUGUGAUUGUGUAUAUGAAGAAUGCUAGGACGGCUUGGUGUCUCAUGCCUGGCCAUAGAGGCGCUCGCGACGAGGAGGAAGCAAGUUGCCGGAAUGAGCGUCGCAACUUGAUUAGCAUUGUCAGUAUCUGUGAAGCAUGGCCACGUCUGGCUUGA